AGGACAAAAGUGCGUCUGAUUAGUUAAGUGUGAAUUAGUAAAAAAAAAUUGAAAUUGAUCGAUACGUGUACGUGUUUCGCAAAUUGAAUGAAUGGCAAACACAUUCCCAUAAAUAGCGAAAAUAACGUUCGCUGGCCGUCAGUCAUACUACAGCCAGCGGAGGGAUUAGCCACGCUGCUCAAGGCACCUCUCCCAACUAUAUCUACCUCUUUUGCGUGCCAACUGUACAACUGCAUCUCAAGAUGACCGAGAAUAUGAUCUGGGUGCUCGGUUUGAUCAUGAUUAUCUGUGGGGCCAGUGUGCCAGAUGUCGUCAAGGCGGAGGAUCGAUUUCCCUUAUCUAUAAUACACAUUAACGAUUUACACGCGAGAUUCGAGCCCACAAAUCCCAGCGGCGGCAUCUGUGAAGAGGGGGAAGACUGCAUCGGUGGCUAUGCGCGUACCGUUUAUACGGUGAAGCGACUCCUCAACGAACAGAAGGAUCUGAAUCCGAUCUAUAUCAAUGCGGGCGACAGUUUCCAGGGCACGCUCUGGUACAACAUCGGACGCUGGAAUGUCACCCAGCAGUUCCUCAAUCUGCUGCCAGCGGAUGCAAUGACGCUGGGCAAUCACGAGUUCGAUCAUAGCAUCGAGGGUCUGGUACCCUUCUUGGAGACGGUCGACACCAGCAUGCUGGUGGCCAACAUGGACAGCGCCCACGAGCCCACAGCGCAGGGCCUCUACGAAAAGUCGAAGAUCAUUGAGCGCAGCGGUCGCAAAAUUGGACUCAUUGGCGUCAUCCUUGAGACAACCUACGACUUGGCCAACACGGGCGACAUGAUCUUCAGCAACGAGAGCGACGCGAUUCGCAAAGAGGCCCAGCUGCUGAUGGCCCAGGGCGCCAAUAUCAUCGUUGUGAUCUCACAUUGCGGCUACGAGGUGGACAAAGUGAUCGCUGCAAAUGCGGGCGAUGUGAUCGAUGUAAUCAUCGGCUCCCAUUCGCACACGUUUCUCUUUACGGGCGAUGUGGCACCGGGACCGGAUAAGCCACGUGGCGAUUAUCCCACACAGGUGACCCAUCAGCUCAGUGGCCAUCGGGUGCUCAUCGUGCAGGCGGGCGCCUAUGCCAAAUAUGUCGGCAAUCUAACCGUUUACUUCGAUGCCAACGGCGACAUACUCGACUUUGAGGGUGCACCCAUCUACAUGGCCCACGAUGUGCCCGAGGCUGAUGAGGUUAUCUUGGCACUGCAGCCCUGGCAGGACAUAUUGAAGGACGAAUCCAAUCGGAUUGUGGGCAAGAGUCGGGUCCAAUUGCAGCAAUCGGAGUGCGCCCGAGGCGAAUGCAAUUUGGGUAAUUUCUAUACGGAUGCCAUGCUUUAUGCUUUCGUUAAGGAUGCCGCUGCCGAGGCGAGCAAUUGGAGCAAUGUGUCGAUUGCAUUGACCAGCCAGGGUAAUUUUCGUGUGGACAUACCAGCGGGCAACAUAACGUAUAAGCAACUGGUUGCAAUGUGUCCGUGGGAGAAUCGAUUGUAUGCAUUGACUUUGAGUGGCGAGCAUUUGUGGCAGCUGCUGGAGGAUAGUGUAGCUUCCAUGAAUGCCAGUCUGUCUGCACCAUCAUCCAAGCGUUUCCUGCAAGUCUCUGGCUUAAGGAUCAGCUACAAUCUUAGAUCGGAGCCAGGUCAACGUAUUUCCAGUUUACUGGUGCGUUGUGCCAAUUGCUCAAUACCCCAAUAUCAGGCAUUGCAACGGCAUCAGGAAUAUCGCCUGGUUGUCAUGGAAUACCUGGCCAAUGGCAAAAACGGUUUCUCGCUGAUAAGCGAUCAUGCAAAAGAGCUUGAACAGGGCCCCUUUGACUUAGAUGCUUUAAUGGAGUACAUGAGUACGGUUAGAAUCAUAACUGCUGGAUUGGAGCAAAGAAUACAAAUUAUAAACAAUUGAGAGACAUUUUCGUUACUUUUUGAUUCAAAUAAACAUAACGUUUUCUAAA